CCUGGCUCAUUAACCCCUGCGUCAGGUGUACCCAGCAGCAGGUAACACCCUCCCCUUCUCACCUGAGGAGUGUGGGAAGGUCUCUCUCUGGGGUGGUCAAGUGUGGCUGUUAUGGUAACCAGAAAGUCUUCGACGGGCAACAAAAGCAGAGACUAGCGAGUCGAUGAGGGCCUUCAAGUGGUCAAGUGUGGCACGGAAAGUGACUUGUGUAUAUUUCUGAAAACCUUGGUAGAAAAAAAGUGUGGUGUGGUGCGUGAAGGUUGAAACUCUUCUGUGUUAUAUAAUAUUUCUCUCUUUUUUGGGGGGGACAGAAGAUAGUUGUUGUUUAUCAUGAGACAUGGAGGCUCUGUUGAACUUAAAUAAGAUCUCAAUCAGUACAAGAAGGUAUUGGUUCCCUGACCGUGUGAAAUUAUAAAAAAAAAUCAUAUGAACUUUAUAUUUAUUACUUAUUGAAGUGCUGGAAGAUAAACUGAAAAUUAUCGUGAUGGUGCGUGUUGUUGGCUUCUGAUAAAAAGCUUCUGUCUCUGCCUAACACGUGAGAAGGAUUACAAGAUACUGUUCACUAGAGCUCUACGUGGAGAGGAGGAGGACCCCGGUACAACUGAAGGAGAAGUAGUUGUAGUUCUGGCGCCGUCAUAAGAGUUUCUUGGUAAGUUCAGGAACCACAGUGUAAGAGUGACAAGGACAUGACUCAUAUCUAGUGAAGUGUCUUGUCUAGGUCUGGCGAAGAAGGGACUUGACUUUUUUUCUUUGCGCCUGGCGAAAAGAGAGACCUGGUUCUGAAGCAGUCAAAAGGACCCGGUGGGGGGCCAGGGUCGGGUGAACUCGUGAGGGUCCCCAGUACGCCUGAUGACCGGACCCCAGGAUGAGUCUCACCCCACUGGACGAGGACGGGUCGGAGGAGCAACGGCCAGUACGGCAGACGGUAUGUGAGACUCUGCGCCACGGGGCCAACUGGAAGUGUUUCAUCCUGACCUUACUGAUAGUGUCGUGUCUGGCUGCCAUCACCUGGUGUAGACUCACCCAGGUAACAAAGGUGAUUGUGAACUUCGACACCUUCCCCAUCACCAGAACCCGUCACCUGAGCCCUUGCGAGGACGGUUACCUGUACAUACCUAUAGCCUUCCUCGCUAUGCUCUACCUGGUGUACCUGGUCGAAUGCUUCCACUGCCCUACCAGGAUACAGUUGACCCACACAACGCCGGCCUCCCACGUAUCCACCAUGAUAGAGUCGAUGAGGAGCGCCCAGCCUGUUAUCUGGUGGAAGGCCAUGUGUUACCAUUACGUGAGACGCUCUCGACACAUCACCAGGUACCGCAACGGCGACGCUUAUACCUCCACCCAGGUGUUCUAUGAGCGGGUCAACUCACACGCUGCCGGCACCUGUUUUCUCUUCUCCAACUGUGGCGUGAAGGACAUCUCCAAGAAGCUGGUCAACCUCUCCAAGUACUCCUGUACCAAGAUCAGGUUCUCCAAGGGUUUCGCCUUCGCCAACCUGGAGACUGCCAACGAGUUUGAGGAACAGAGAGCUCGCUUCUUCCAGGAGAAUGAGCGGCGGGACGACUACAUGGAGCUGAGGGAGGGUUUGGACCUGACGAACGUGAACUUCAAGGAGUUUGUCAUCGCGCGGAGAGACACCAAACGGCCUCCUUGGUACAGUAGACACGCCGUGUUCUGGGCCGCCUCCUUGCUCCUGCUGUCGUGGCCUCUACGUCUCGUGAUAGAGUACAACACUUCUUAUGUCCACUACCAGGUAACCAAGCUGUUUGGUGUGAACUACACGACGCCGGUGAGCGGUGGUCGGGCGUCACGAGGGUCAGCCACCACCGAUAGUCAUGACCUGGAGCUGACCAUCGCCAACAACUGCACCCUCAUCCCCUCCUACAGCGAGGCGCUGCUAAUGGAGGCGGGAGCCACGCCUACCUCUAUCCUUACGCCCUCUGUCGACGCCAACGGCAACAUUCAGAACGGCGGAGGAAGUCUGCCAGCGGCGGCGUCGUCUGCUAGCGUCGGCUCAGAACUGUUGCCGGGGUCGUCGACUGGCCCGGCAGCCUCCAGAACCUCCCUACACAAUGGUUAUAUUCUGUAUCAUCCAUCACCCCUCAUGCCCUGCUUCCCCACCGAUCCUUUCCAGGGACGACGCCGCACCACACCUACAGAGAACCCCCCGACGUACGACGACGCCCUCAGAGUCUCCGCACCGCUUUUAGGAACGAUGUCACCGUCGCCAAUGCGGAGGUCACACACAGAGAGGGACAUCCCCUCCACGCCGCGUCUGGCACUUCCCCGACAUUCUUGUCACUACGAUCUUGAGACACAACUAUGACCGCCGCUUGUCACUGGCGCCGCCGGACCCCUGUGUUGUCCAGCGUGGUCGUGUAGGGUCAAGCCUGAUGCCCAUACACACCCUUACACCCAUUCACACUCUCAUGUACACCUACACACCAACAGUAAUUAUGCGAGCUCACAAGUUUAAUACACUCCGAGACACACACACCACCAUUACUCCACACUACAGCAUACACAAUACGCACACACACACACACACACACACGUACGUGAAUAACGCCUAAUUUAAUCCACACAGAGACACUGCUGACAACACACUCACGCACAAACGUUUUUAUUCAAGUUAAUAAAUAAGUAAAUUUUUACGCAGAAUAUACGCUUAUUAAAAGACCUCAGUCCUGAUGAUAUACAAACUGUUGAAUGUUGCACAUGCCCAGUUGUACACACACACACACACACACACACACACACACACACACACACACACACACACACACACACACACACACACGGUAGAGACUGUUACUAUAGUUGUCAAUGUACCACACGUACACAGUUUUCGCUUCCCAUAAUUUAAGAAUCACCGUAGCGAUAGAAAUUCAAUUUCAAGGAAAUGACUUUCUAGAAUUUCAAAGGCGACACACAAAAGACCUGUGAUGACGUUACAUUGGAAAGAACACUGUCUCCCUUGAGUUACGACAACCAUUUUAUAAACUGUACGGAGCUGAACACACACACACACACACACACACACACACACACACACACACAC